AUGGGCAUUCGCACCCGUUGCGAUAUGCUGACACAUUCGCACAAGCUGCGACAUGCUGUCAAGGAUGCCGCCCUGGCCGUUCCACCGUUGGACGCUGCGCAUGCGCAGCUGGCAGCGCAGCUGGAGUUCUUUCUAGCCCUGGAAGGUAUGGAUCUCCACGGCGGUUGGUCUGCCUCUCCCAGCAACGGUUGCACUGAAUCGGGAUGGAAAGGAGACUACAGCAUCUUUGGAGGCCACCAGAAAAUCCUCAGCGUGGAGAUCGGACCAGAGAAGACGACGUUUACCUGGAGUCCAGAAGUGGCCAGCCAAGCCAAGCAGUUGAACGAACAGACGAAGCUUGGAACAUGGAUGAGGAUGGAAGGUCCUCAGCUGAAUCAAGAUCUUGCUGACUUCUUCUGCAGCCCCGGAUGGCAUGCCUCUGCGUCGCUUGGCAGUGGGCUGGGUCGACAUGAGGAGCGCUUGGUGACCAACGCAUGCUCCUUUUGGUCUUCCUUGACCAGCCGAUGUCCAGCACUUUCCGCUGAGCCCAUCGAUCCUGAGAGCCUCCCAGAGUCGGCGGUGCCGAGACAUGUGAGCCGCAUCGGGAGCGGGGUGACGGCCGUGGGCUUAGUAGAUUCAGCUGCAGAGGCCCGCCUUCCGGAUCCCUUCCGGGAGGUCCACCUCGGAGAAUACUGGGUGAAGGGUCAUCUCUUCUUGGCUGUGAAGAUUCGCCCCACCUCCACCGUCUUCGAGUGGAACCCCGAAAUGGUGGCCCGAGAGCCUUGGAUGGAGCAGUGCAAGGACCGGACGGAGGGAUUUAGGAAGUUCGUCAACCAAUGCCGUGGCGUCCCCAUGACGGUGAAAGAUCAGGCCUUCUAUGCCCAUCGUGCGGAGAAAAAGAGGGGUGACGCAGACUACUUCGCCCUGAAACGGGAGAAGAACAAGCCACUGAGCCGCGAGUCCAUCAAGGCGUGUGCUCGAGCGAUCAUCUUGGUGGUGGCCGGCUUGCACGCCAAAGGCUUGGUGCACUUGGACCUGAAACCGGAGAAUCUCAUGAUGUUCAACGGCCGUCUGAAGCUCAUCGACGUGGACGGCUGCGUGCCGAUCGACAGUGAAGUGUCGAUCAACGACUCCUCCAUCUCCUUCUCCCCAUGCUACUGCGCACCUGAAUGGGCCAGGUUUCUCAUCGAUGAGGCCGAGAACAAGAUCAUUGCAAGGCCUCACUUGGAUGUGUGGAGUAUUGGCAUCACUCUUUGCGAGCUGGUCACGCUCGAUGCCAUCCUGAAGCCCAUGUAUGGUAACUUCUUGCGUAACGGACACUCUCACAGAGAAGCAGGCUUCCUUUUCAUGGACUGGCUGGGACACAUCACCCGUGCUCCGGUGCCCAAGAGCAUCGAGCGCUUCGACAAAGACUUCCACAAGCUCAUCGUUGAAGGCCUUUUGGUUUGCGAUCACUUGAAAAGGAAGUCGCUGGCUCAAUGUCUUUCCGAUCCCUACAUCUAUGAGUCCAGCGCCAGUGCCACCCACCAGGAGCUCCAUGAAGGAGAGAAGGUGCAGCGCCAGCAUCGGCAUCGCUUCGAAGAUACCUCCAGCAAGGCGCCACUCUACAAGGGCACCCUCUUCAAGCUCAAUACCGAUGGGAACGCGGAUGAACCCGCUCACUGGCUCAAGCGUGACAUGUGGGUGGCCUGCGAUGGCUCCUUGUGCUAUUUCAGCAUCAAAGAGAACAAGCGCUUGGUGCUCUUGGACGGAGUCAAGCUCGCCGGCGCCAAGGACGACCAUGAGCAGGACAUUUGCAUGUGCUUCUCCGCGGAGUCGGAGGCGGAAUAUCAGCUCCUUGACCCUGAAGGUCUGACCAAACGCUGUGGCUGCGACACGAGGAAGUGGCGUUCCUUGCUCUCCCAAGCGACCAACCUAGAUGGCGCCAUGCAGACCAUCCGCCUGGGCGGUGUGGUCGCUGACGAGCUCAAGCAGUUCAGGCUGGCCGUGAAGAACCGCCGUAUGAAGGUGGGCGAAGACACCAAGGACGGCCGGAACGUCCGUGGACCCGCAGGGGACCAGUUCGCUCCCGUCUUCAAGGCGAAGCUCUGGAAGGUCAAAGCCGAAGGAGAUCGUAAGAAGGCGGAGGAUUGGUUCGAGCGCGAGAUGUGGAUUGCCAAGAACGGCUCCUUGGUGUACUGGAGCAAGAAGGAAGACCGAGAGUUGGUCUACUACACCGCGGACGACAUUGCAAACGCGAAGUUCAUCUUCUUGGAGAAGGACGACGCGACCCAUCCGUGGGCCUUUCAAGUGCAGCUGGCGCCCAACAGUGGUGUCGAGUUUGCUCCCGGAGAGUUCGCCGCCGAGUCCGAGGCCUUGCGCGACCGUACCUUGGACGGUCGACCGUUACCCGGGGGGGCACCUCAAAGGGUGGAGAAAGGGUCCAGGGUGUGA